UUGAUUACAAUACCAUCACAAAUUGAAAUAGAAUCACAAUCAACAAAUAUUUUGAUCUCAGACAACAUACACAAUUCCGAUGCGGAUACCAUUCAAACAUUAGGUAAUAUAAUAUCUCAUGAAACAAGUACUAGUUCUUUAGAAAUUAUAACUCAUGUUGAAAAUACACAUCAUGUUAUACCUAAUCCACCAAUAUCGGAUGGUAGCGAUACAGAGAAAAAGCUUGUGCCUUAUUCUGAUUCUGACUCAGAUUCGCUUGCUAAGAUCAAAAAGAAUAAGAAACGAAAGAAACGUUUUAACGUUGAUAAAAAAGAAAAAGCUUGUGCCUUAUUCUGA